AUGGCAUCACCCCGACAAACCCUCACAGAGAAAUUGGAAGACGGCGAGAAGGAAGAGGGAAGUGGGGUGGAGCUGCGCAACCUUCAGCUGGGUUUGCAGGACAAGAUUAAGCUAGUCCUGAAUGAUCUGGCAGACAGGCCAACUAGGUACAAGGAGAAGGUUUAUCCAGAGAACAAGGUUUGGCUAAUCUUAGUUCUUCCUCACGGGCACAAUAUCUUGCUCUUGCCUUCACUGGAGCAUGACAACCAGGUGAAAGGCGAGAGCUUGGAUUGGGUCAAGUACAUUGAUAGCAAUUUCGAAGGCCCAACUUUGCUUACUGAAGAUUCUGCACAGCAGUCUGCUGAGGAGCUACUCGUGUAUACAGAUGAGUUUAACGAAGCAUUACACUCAUCCAUACUCUCCAAGGGAGAUGUGUCAGAGGAAACUGUUGCUGGGCUGGAUAAAACAUAAGCUGCCCUGGGAAAGUUUACAGAUGGUCGUUUCUUCCUUGGCCAGUUCAGUUCGGUACUGCAUAUCUGGCAUUUGUCGUAA